AUGGCUGCACACGACAAGCUGGUCGUGGACAACGAUGAAUACGACUAUGAGUCGCUCCCGCCGAACUUCUCCUUGGCCGCCAACAUGGUGGCCGGCGCGUUCGCAGGCAUUGCGGAACACUCCGUCAUGUACCCGAUAGACUUGCUCAAGACUCGAAUGCAGGUCGUCAACCCUACACCCGCCGCUGUAUAUUCUGGCAUCGGCAAUGCCAUUGCGACAAUUUCAAGAGUAGAGGGAUAUGCUUCAUUAUGGCGAGGAGUGUCCAGUGUGGUGGUCGGCGCAGGUCCGGCACAUGCGGUUUAUUUCGCAACAUACGAGGUGGUCAAGCAGGCAAUGGGUGGUAACGCCGCUGGGCAUCACCCAGUAGCAGCUGCGACGAGUGGUGCAUGUGCGACCAUCGCCAGCGACGCUUUCAUGAACCCCUUCGAUGUGAUCAAGCAGCGCAUGCAGGUUCACGGCUCAACGUUCCGCAACAUCUCCGAGUGUGCUCUCACCGUCUGGCGCAAUGAAGGUCUUCGCGCCUUCUACGUCUCUUACCCGACCACCCUCACCAUGACCGUUCCUUUCACGGCUCUCCAAUUCACCGCCUACGAAUCCUUGACCGAGAUCUUUCAGCGAAGGCGCCAGAUGGCAUACGACCCGCUCGCUCACUGCACUGCUGGUGGAUUGGCAGGUGGUCUUGCCGCUGCUGCGACGACGCCACUCGAUGUCAUCAAAACCCUUCUGCAAACCCGAGGUGCUUCCACAGACGCGGAGAUUCGUCAAUGCCGUGGACUCUUCCCUGCAGCAGGUAUCAUCUGGCGGAGAGAGGGUCUGAAAGGCUUCUUUCGCGGAAUGAAGGCACGUGUGGUUACUGCGGCGCCGUCCACGGCUAUCUGCUGGUCCGCGUACGAGCUCGCAAAGGCAUACUUCAUCCGAAUAGAAGAGGAGCGGUGA